ACAUCCAAACAGCGAUUCCGUGAAAAGUUCUUUCGCUAUGCCAUGAGUUUGGGUCACAUAAUGCCGGCUAAUGGUUGCCUACUGUACACACUGUGCGCCUACGGUUGCAUGGAUUUGGUCCGGUAUGGCGUACAGACCACUAACCCUACCGAUAGGUCCGAUGACCCGGACUACUUUCAUACGAUGGUAGAGGCCUGGCAACUUGGACAAGCCUACGCUAGUGAAGUGCAUAAUAAUGUGAAUGAAUGUAGGAAUGUAUGCGCGCCUACCUACCCAGAGUGCAGCACGGGUACCAGUAGUGAGUUUACAAACUGGUGGAACCGGUGGUGGUUGCAGGUUUAUGAGAAAGGUCAUUUUGCCGGCAUGGUAUCAACUCGACAAAAGUUCCGUGAUGACUUUUUCCACGUUAUGAUGGCUGUGGGAAAUGUAUUGCCAAAGGCCUGCCAACUGUACACCCUUUGCACCGCUGGCUGUGAAGACCUGGUCAGUUACGGCAACCCGGAGAAUAUUAUAGGGCUUAUUAUACGGGUCAUGGAUAUGCCGGUGUUGUUGGUAAAGAUGUAG